ACAACUAGGGAUUCCGUAAAAGAAGAACAACUAGUAGGGAAGGGAGCACCGGAAAAAAGCGACCUCAAGUUCUAGCCGCCGCUGCCAGUAUGAAGUUCAAUAUAGCAAACCCUACCACUGGCUGCCAGAAGAAGCUGGAGAUCGACGAUGAUCAGAAGCUCCGAGCCUUUUUCGACAAGAGGAUUUCACAGGAAGUUAGUGGUGAUUCCUUGGGAGAGGAAUUCAAGGGCUAUGUAUUUAAGAUCAUGGGAGGUUGCGACAAGCAAGGUUUCCCAAUGAAACAGGGAGUGUUGACUCCCGGUCGUGUGCGUCUCUUGCUCCACCGUGGAACUCCUUGCUUCCGCGGUUUCGGAAGGCGUACCGGAGAGCGCAGGAGGAAAUCUGUGAGAGGGUGCAUCGUCAGUCAAGAUCUCUCUGUUUUGAAUUUGGUUAUUGUGAAGAAAGGAGAGACCGAUCUCCCUGGCUUGACUGAUACCGAGAAACCCAGAAUGAGAGGACCGAAGAGGGCGUCGAAGAUCCGUAAAUUGUUCAACCUUUCCAAAGAUGAUGAUGUCAGAAAGUAUGUCAACACUUACCGCAGGUCUUUCACGACGAAAUCUGGGAAGAAGGCCAGCAAAGCUCCAAAGAUCCAGAGGCUGGUCACUCCAUUGACGUUGCAGAGAAAGAGGGCCAGAAUUGCUGAUAAGAAGAAGAGGGUUGCCAAAUCCAAGGCGGACGCAGCUGAAUACCAGAAGCUCCUCGCUUCCAGACUGAAGGAGCAGAGAGAACGUCGCAGUGAGAGUUUGGCCAAGAAAAGGUCUAGGCUUUCUUCCGCCAAGCCAUCGGCUUAGUUUAAACAUUGUAGAACUUUUUUUUUUCUUUUUCUUUUUUUUACUCAAGUAUGAUUUCUUGAUUUCUGUUUUGGUAAACUUGAGGAGUUUGAAUUUUGACGAAUUUUUGUUGGUGCAAGUCUUACAUCUUCAAUAGACUCAAAUUUCUUGGUUAA